AUGUUCUGCACGGAGUCGAAAACGGCUCUGCAGUGCACGUCUGACCGCUUUGCGCUUGGCAAGUGCACAGUGCGCACUUUCGACCAGAGCCUUCCGGACCGCUAUCGCUUCUUUGAGAAGGCGAACGUCGGUGCUCCCAGCAGCGAGCUGAUGAACCACUGCCCCGCGAUCAAGCCACUUGCAUCAACGUCGUGCGAAGAUGGUGAUUCCACGCAGAUGCCCGGCAGUCUCCUGGGCCCACAGUCGCGGUGCCUGAAAGGAGAGUCGCUGAAGGUUAAGGACGGUAUAUCAUCGUACAAAUCUGUUCAAGGCAUUUGUGCAAAUGUGAAGUGUGACAAUGAUACUGUAAGCGUGCAGUACAAGGGCGACGAAACCUGGCACUUGUGUCCUCAAGGAGAAACGAUUGCUGUAACGGGGUCUGCAUUCAGCGGGGGAAAGAUUCAGUGCCCCAAAUAC